AUGAAUUUCAAACAACACAGAGCCUUUCAGGUUGUUGUUUCAGCUUUCUUUACUGGAUUUUUGUUAUUUGUCUUUUCUAGAAAUUCCGAACAAACAAGUUGGCCUCAUGGCUUCUCACAUCUUUCUCGGAAUACCGUGGAUGACUCGGUUCUCGCUCACAUCCAGAACCAAACCCUUGGAUUUGAGCAUGUAUAUGCUAUAGGAUUCAAAGAGCGGACCGACAAACGUGACUUUCUUACAUUGGCAGCCUCGGUAACCGGGUUCAAAGUGGAAUGGCAGGAGGGGGUAAGGCCAGAUGAACUGCUACAGAAGGCCAUGCCAAAUGGAGCGAACCUUAACGACACAGAGCCUAGCAUUAUUGCAGCCUGGCGCGCCCACAUGAACACAUUAAUCAGUGUUAUUGAAAAUGGCUAUUCCACAGCCCUGAUUUUCGAAGAUGACGCGGAUUGGGAUGUGAACAUCAAGUCCCAGCUACGCGAGUUUGCCCGCGGGUUGCACGCCCUACAGGAGAAGGAAAAAGUGUCCAAGGAAGCACCGUACGGAACCGACUGGGAUGUUCUUUGGAUUGGAGGAUGUGGCACCGGCCCGGACAAAAACCAAACCAGGUUCUAUGCCAUUCCUGAUGACCCAACAAACCCACCUGCCCGGGCACAAUCCACUCUUGGUGGGCCUCUCAAAUCAUGGACUGAGCAAUUCUCGCAAGACUCCACGCGGUUCAUCUUCAAGGCUGAAUCCGGUAUCUGUACAAUUGGCUAUGCGAUCACGCGCAGAGGAGCGCAGAAGAUCCUCGCGGCUCUUGCUAUUGAUCAUCUUGGGCAGCCGUUCGAUAAUGCUUUAAGUACAUUAUGUGGCGGGGUGGGUGAUCGCCGACGGAUCGAAUGCUAUGCGCCAUUCCCUCAGCUGGUUAAUACUCACCGUCGAGCCGGUUCUUCGUCCCGAGACUCGCAAAUCGUCGCGAAUGGUGAUGAUACAUGGCACGACGAGGAGUCAUUCGCUAUUGUAUAUAGCGCCAAGCGCAAUAUACACCGGUUGGUUGCUGGUGAGGAGACUGUUUACUCGCAGUAUGGCGAAAUGUCCUGGUCUCAAGAAGAGCUGUCCAUGAAGCAAUUCGCGUAUCCUGAAGGGCAUCUGGUUACUUAA